AUGCGGGCGCCGCUGUGCCUGCUGCUGCUCGUGGCUCACGCCGUGGCCCUGCUCACCCUGAACCGAAGGAAGAAGCAAGCAGGCAUGGGCCCAGGGGGCAACUGCACGGGCUGUGUCACCUGCUCGGAGGAGAACGGCUGCUCCACGUGCCAGCAGAGGCUCUUCCUGUUCAUCCGGCGUGAAGGCAUCCGCCAGUACGGCAAGUGCGUCCACGACUGCCCUCUCGGCUUCUUCGGCAUCCGAGGCCAGGAAGUCAACAGGUGCAGAAAGUGCGGAGCCACAUGUGAGAGCUGCUUCAGCCAAGACUUCUGCAUCCGGUGCAAGCGGCGCUUCCAUCUAUACAAGGGGAAGUGCCUGCCGGCCUGCCCACCGGGCACUAUGACCCGCCGGAGCACACGCGAGUGCCAGGAGAGAAAUCCCCGGCAGAAGAAGGGCCGGAAGGACCAGCGCUCCCGAAAGGACCGGAAGCUAGACCGCAGGCCAGACCGGCGGCAGGGGCGGCCAGGCCCCCAGUGA